UAAACCGGGCUGGAGAUUGGAGUGGCCAGCUAGGUUGUGUGGCUAGGACGCGUCUCCGAGUCGGCGGAGAGACCUGCAGGAGACCUACGGCGACAUCCGGCGGGCCCGGCCAUGCCGACUCGGGCGGAGGACUACGAGGUGCUGUCCACCAUUGGCACGGGCUCCUACGGCCGCUGCCAGAAGAUCCGGAGGAGGAGCGACGGCAAGAUAUUAGUUUGGAAAGAACUUGACUAUGGCUCCAUGACAGAAGCUGAGAAACAGAUGCUUGUUUCUGAAGUGAAUUUACUCCGUGAACUGAAACAUCCAAACAUCGUACGUUACUAUGAUCGAAUUAUCGACCGAACCAACACAACACUGUACAUUGUAAUGGAAUAUUGCGAAGGAGGGGACCUGGCCAGUGUAAUUACAAAGGGAACCAAGGAAAGACAAUACUUAGAUGAAGAAUUUGUUCUUCGAGUGAUGACUCAGUUGACUCUGGCCCUAAAGGAAUGUCACAGGCGAAGCGAUGGUGGUCAUACCGUGCUGCAUCGGGACCUGAAACCAGCCAACGUUUUCCUGGAUGGCAAGCAAAACGUUAAGCUCGGAGAUUUUGGGCUAGCUAGAAUAUUAAACCAUGAUACGAGUUUUGCAAAAACGUUUGUUGGCACACCCUAUUACAUGUCUCCUGAGCAGAUGAAUCGCAUGUCCUACAACGAGAAAUCUGAUAUCUGGUCGCUGGGUUGUUUGCUGUAUGAAUUGUGUGCGUUAAUGCCUCCGUUUACAGCUUUCAACCAGAAAGAACUAGCUGGGAAGAUUAGAGAAGGCAAAUUCAGGCGAAUUCCAUAUCGUUACUCUGAUGAAUUGAAUGACAUUAUUACAAGGAUGUUAAAUUUAAAGGAUUACCAUCGACCUUCUGUUGAAGAAAUUCUUGAGAAUCCAUUGAUAGCAGACUUGGUUGCAGAAGAGCAAAGAAGAAAUCCUGAGAGAAGAGGGCGGCAAGUGGAACCGGAGAAGUUACAGGAUUCCAGCCCCAUCUUGGGGGAGCUGAAACUGAAGGAAAUACAGUUACAGGAGCGAGAGCGAGCCCUGAAGGCCCGGGAAGAACGGCUGGAGCAGAAGGAAUUUGAGCUGUGUGUCCGGGAGAGACUGGCAGACAACAAGCUGGCCAGAGCAGAAAGUGUGUUGAAGAAUUACAGCCUGCUGAAGGAGCAGAGGUUCCGGAGUCUGGCAGCGGGUCCAGAACUUUUUGAUCUUCCAUCCUCGAUUAUUAAGAAGAAAGUUCAUUUCAGUGGGGAAAGUAAAGAGAAUGUCAUGAGGAGUGAGAAUUCUGAGAGUCUGCUCACCUCCAAGUCCAAGUGCAAAGACCUGAAGAAGAGACUUCAUGCUGCUCAGCUCCGCGCUCAAGCGUUGUCAGAUAUUGAAAAAAAUUACCAGCUGAAAAGCAGACAGAUUCUGGGCAUGCGCUAGCCUCCCAGAGAGACCGAGCUGGGUCCCAGUGUUGAACCUUGCCUGCCCGUGAAAGCUGGAUACUCACCUGCUGUAGCUUUACACCCUUGGUUCUGUGAGCCGCACCUUUUUGUACAGUGAGCCAGAUUGUUUGGAAUUGCUUUGGUGGUUCUUCUGCAACAAUUGUACAAAAUGCUCACGCCUUUCAUUUUUCUUUUUUUUUCCUUUUUCUUUUGUAAAGAACAUGUUAUAGGAAGAAUGACAGUUUCUUCAUUGGUUGGGCUUUUAAUCCUGUGUGUGAUUACUACUGGAACGUGAAGCGUUAACAUUCUAAAUGUUGGAGGGAAAUAAUGUCAGGAAAGAAAAGUACUUAGCCAGGAGCAGUUUUGAACGACCUAGUAGGUGUGCUUACAGUGGUCGUGCCUAGAUUCAAGGUUCUAAAUGUUCCUCAGCUUUGAAAACCUAAGUGGAUACACAUUGGUCACUAAUGCUGUGACAUCUUGCUUGUAAGUAUCCCAUUGGUCUGCAGUGCAGAUCUGUCACCUUUUGUGGAAUUCAUCACUGUGAUGUCAUCACUGUGAUGUUCCUUUUUAUCCUAUUUAAGAGCGUGUGAUCUGGCUGUCAUUUACCUACCUGUUUCUCCACUAAAUAAAAGAAUUCUCUAGUUUUCCUAUAUUUAUGUUUCUUGCAUUUGUUGAUCUCUUAGUUGAGGGAGUCUGUGUUUAUGAUCUGUAGGCACUGGCAGGAACACAAGCCACCAUCAGUCUCCCGCUCAGUGGAUUUUACUCUCUGUGAUGUAUUUUACUCCCCAUCUCAUUAGUCUGUCUAAGCCGGUAGUCCUCAAGGAGGGGUGAGUGCGCCCCUUCUUCCCACCGGGAGACCUUCGGCAGUGUGUGGACAUGUACAUUGUAAUGAUCAAUGAUCGUGGGGAGGGCACUACGUGCAUCCAGUGGGCCUCCUACAAUGCGCAGGACGGUGCCCGCCACAAGAUGGCAGUAGUGCACUCUUGAGACGUCUGAUCCAGGCUAGGGCUUGUUGAAACAUACCCCAUCCAGGAAGGAAACUUACUUUAGUUUUGAGGGAUCUUUGUUUGUUUGUUUGUUUGUUUGUUUACGUGUCUGACUUUUAAUAUGAAUUAGCAGUGUUUGCUGUGCCGCCACAUUUUGCAUGUAAUGUUUUCCUAGUGAUGCUAAUCUUUUGACUGGAUGGAAUAAGACCGAAUUGUGAAGGGUUAACAAUGGGAAGAAACUG